CCGCGGGGGACGAGGAGGCGCGCGCGCUGGUGUCGGCGUGGGCGUUCAACUGCGAGCGCAUCAUGCACGGCACGCCGUCCGGUGUGGACAACGCCACGUGCACGUACGGCGGGCUGGUGCGCUUCCGCCGCGGUGAGCCGGCGCGCGUGCUGCGCGCGCCGGCCUCGUUGCGCGUGCUGCUCGUGGACACGCGCGUGAGCCGCCGCACGCGCGCGCUGGCCGAGCGCGUGGCGGCGCGGCGCGCGCGCGAGCCGGCCGCCGUGGACUGCAUCGUGCGCGCGUGCGGGCACCUCACCGACAGCGCCGAGCAGAUUUUCGAAAAACUGUCUAACUGCGAAGGAGAUACGGAUUCUUUAUAUGAGCAUCUGGCGGAGCUGUGGGGCGCGUGCCACUGCCUGCUGGCGGCGCUGGGCGCGUCGCACGGCGCGCUGGAGGCCGUGCGGCGCGCGGCGGCGGCGCACGGGCUGGAGGCCAAGCUCACGGGCGCGGGCGGCGGCGGGUGCGUGUCCGCAGUCCACAACCCUCCUCUUUUACUUGAUACCCAUAUCGAGGUAGUGUGAAAACCAUCAGCAUUUUGUGGCGGCGGCCCUGUUGGACAUAUUUUCGCAAUACUCCCGACUAA